GCAUGGUUAAGGCAUCAGGAAUACCCAUUGCAUUGGGGGUUUGGGGCCUGUGCUGGUCUCUGGCCACUGUCAACUCUGUUCCUCUGACCAGUGCCCAUGGGAAUGUUACUGAAGGUGAGAGUGGGACCAAGCCAGAAGCAGAUGUGAUCGAACAGUGCUCAGAUGGCUGGAGCUUUGAUGCCACCACCCUGGAUGACAAUGGGACCAUGCUGUUUUUUAAAGAUGAGUUCGUGUGGAAGAGUCACAGAGGGAUUCGGGAGUUGAUCUCAGAGAGGUGGAAGAAUUUCAUCGGUCCUGUGGAUGCUGCUUUCCGCCAUGGUCAUACCAGUGUUUACCUGAUUAAGGGGGACAAAGUCUGGGUAUACACUUCUGAAAAGAAUGAGAAAGUCUAUCCAAAGUCCCUCCAAGAUGAGUUUCCUGGAAUCCCAUUCCCAUUGGAUGCAGCUGUGGAGUGUCACCGUGGAGAAUGCCAAGAUGAAGGCAUCCUCUUCUUCCAAGGUAACCGCAAGUGGUUCUGGGACUUGACUACUGGAACAAAGAAGGAGCGUUCUUGGCCGGCAGUUGGGAACUGCACCUCUGCCCUGCGAUGGCUCGGCCGCUACUAUUGCUUCCAGGGUAACCAGUUCCUCCGCUUCAAUCCGGUCUCGGGAGAGGUGCCUCCUGGGUACCCUCUGGAUGUCCGAGACUACUUCCUAUCCUGCCCUGGCAGAGGACACAGAUCAAGCCAUAGGAACAGUACCCAACAUGGGCAUGAGAGCACACGCUGCAACCCAGAUCUAGUCUUGUCUGCAAUGGUGUCUGACAACCAUGGUGCCACUUAUGUCUUCAGUGGGUCCCACUACUGGCGCCUGGACACCAACCGGGAUGGGUGGCAUAGCUGGCCCAUUGCUCAUCAGUGGCCACAAGGUCCUUCAACAGUGGAUGCUGCCUUUUCCUGGGAGGAUAAACUCUAUCUGAUCCAGGACACCAAGGUAUAUGUCUUUCUGACAAAAGGAGGCUAUACCCUGGUAAAUGGUUACCCAAAGCGGCUGGAGAAGGAACUUGGAAGCCCUCCUGGGAUAAGCCUUGAGGCUGUGGAUGCGGCCUUUGUCUGUCCUGGGUCUUCUCGGCUCCACAUCAUGGCAGGACGGCGUCUGUGGUGGCUGGACCUGAAGUCUGGAGCUCAAGCCACGUGGACAGAACUUCCUUGGGCUCAUGAGAAGGUUGACGGGGCCCUGUGUAUGGAAAAGCCCCUUGGCCCCAACUCAUGUUCUACCAGUGGUCCCAACUUGUACCUCAUCCAUGGCCCCAAUUUGUAUUGCUACAGCGAUGUGGACAAACUCAAUGCAGCCAAGAACCUCCCCCAGCCCCAGAGAGUGUCCAGACUCCUGGGCUGUACUCACUGAGGUGCCUUCCGACAUGAAUCUGGCCCAGCUCCUCCUCCCUGAUUUCCUCACAAUAAAGCCAGAUUUCUUCUUCACUUAAA